GCUUGCUGCUGUGAUGUGAAGGUAAAAGGUCAGCCUGUGUAACGUGUCAAACGGCUGUCACAACGCCGGUGUAUCACUUCACUGUCCAGCCGCCUUCUGUUGCACACACAUCUGUACUGUUACCCUAGCUGACCUCAAAGUUAUCUCAGCAAAAUGGCAAAAAAGCGAAGAGAAAGACGAGAGGACGACGGUUUGUCCUCGGCACAGGAGGAGGUGAAGGCUAGUGAUUCACAAGUACUGAAAGAGGCUCAGCAUAAUGAAGGGGGCUCAGCACGCAUGUCUGUCCUGAUUCUGGUGUCUAUCUUCACCUGCUCUGCCUCAGUCAUGUACCUGGUCUACAGGAACUUCCCAGAGCUUCCCAAUGAUGAAAUGGAGAAAAUCAAGAUCCCUAAAGACAUGGAUGAUGCCAAAGCUUUGGGAACUGUGCUGUCCAAAUACAAAGACACAUACUACUCCCAAGUGUUGGUGGCCUACUUUGCAACAUAUAUUUUCCUCCAGACAUUUGCCAUUCCUGGAUCUAUCUUCCUUAGCAUCCUGUCUGGAUAUCUUUACCCUUUCCCCUUGGCUCUUUUCUUAGUCUGCUUGUGCUCCGGCCUUGGUGCUUCUUUUUGCUAUAUGCUAUCAUAUCUGGUGGGCAGACCGAUGGUCUACAAAUAUCUCACAGAGAGAGCACAGAAGUGGUCCCAGCAGGUUGACAAACAUAGAGAUCAUCUAAUCAAUUAUAUCAUCUUCCUGAGGAUAACCCCCUUUCUUCCCAACUGGUUCAUCAACAUCACCUCACCUGUCAUCAAUGUGCCUUUGGGGGUUUUCUUCAUCGGUACCUUUCUUGGAGUGGCGCCUCCGUCCUUUGUAGCUAUCAACGCGGGUACAACACUGUACAAACUGACCACAGCUGGCGAGGCCGUGUCCUGGAACUCUCUGGCUGUGCUCGGUGUACUCGCCGUGCUCUCCAUCUUGCCCGUCUGCUUCCAGAAAAAGCUGCAGAAGAAACUAGAGUAGAACAUUAAACAUCUCAGCACCUCAUCUGCUGGCUGAUCCCAGCAUCCUCUUCCCCUCGGCUCAGGAACGUGCAGCUGUCACUCAAGUUGCUCUGCCUCAGUCUCAUACACAGCUGCUGGUGGGCGAAUAUCUGACCACUGGCACAACAAGCUCAUCACUUUUUGACCACAAAAUGCAUACAGUGGCGGGAGGUCCGUAGUAAGUGUAAACUAGCCGCCUCUUACAAAAGUUUUUUUGGUUUCUGUGAAUUCUGUUGUUGAUUGUGGCACAUGUAAAUAAGAGAAAUUUAGUUUUUUUUUUAUUUAAGGCACUGCUCAUUAUUUUAUGAUUCUUGCCAGACAAUUAAAGGUGCUACUUGUAGGAUGUUGGAGUAAAACUCAUCAUUCUGAUACUUUUCAUUGGGAAAAGUGUUUCUCCUUCUUGCUAGAAACUGCUAAAAACAAUGUCAUCGGUAGCCUAACUUGUUGAGGCUGUUUUUUUUUUGUUGUUUUUUUUGGCUGGAAUAACUUACCAUUACAUUUGCUUUGGCAGUAGCAUAUCAUUUUCUACAUCCUGUUUGUAGCACCUUUAACUUCCAAUCCUUUUUAAAUAUUUAUUUGAACAUGCUUGUGUCUAAUUUCAACCUAAUGAAUGGAACCACCACAGCAAUAAAUGUCACUGUAAGUUUUGAUACCUGGUGCUUGCCUUGGCAAACAGUGUGAGGAUAGAAUGAAACUGUGAUGACUGAUCUUAGUAAGUGCUACUUUCGUUGACAUGUGGGUGAGUUCCUAUGUUCUUCCUUGAAAGGUGCCUGGAACCACUGCCACACACAUUUCACCCAAUUCUGUUCAUAUUAGUAGACACUUUAACUUGUAAAGAAUGGACUAAGCUGAUGUUAUAUUUCCUCCCAGGACAAAACUCCAAGCAUUUCCAAAUUUGUAUUUGUAAUUAGGAAAUGAACAUAGAUUAUGUCAACACAAUGAAUUUAUGUGUGGUAAGAUGUACGCAACACAGAAAAGUUAGUGAAAAGCCAAGCCGAAUCAUCUUGGUUUGUAAAUUUGAAAUAAAUCCAGGGUGAGAUGGGUUCUCAACUUUUGCUAUAGGUGAUGAUAAUGCACGUCUAGUUGUGUCAGUCUCAACCUCAGGAUAUUGUUUGCUCUGCCAGUAUAGAGAUGGUGAUGCCCAUAUAAUGGAUGAUAUACCUGUGCCCUCAAUAAGACUGCCAACGGACUGAGCUAUCCAAGCCUUACCUUGCUUUUUACUGCUUCCAUUUUUCACCAGAAGAAAUGUAUUAUGAUGCCUGAUUUAUGUUUUUAGUUCUCACUGAAUUUUUCAUUUAGAUGUUGUUUUUUUUUAUUAUUUCUGUCCUGUGUACCAAGGUAACUUAUUGCUGCUGCUUAAAACAUUCUGGACAGUUACUAGAGAUGUUGAUGCAGUUAAUGUACAUGCAGGUAACUUAUUUGACACACUUUUCUUUAAUCUCUUAAAAUAUCACAUGAAUAGAGGCAGUUGAUUUGGUGCAUUUUGAGAUUUCCUGUUUUUACUUAAAUGUUUUAUUAUAGUAGUAAAAUUUACUAUUGUAAGAUUAAUAACCUUUCAAACCCAAAUUUGAAACGCCUACAUAAGCAUCAAUUUCCACGCUACUACUGUCAAAGACUGUUGUUUUUAUGGUUCUUACUGGUUUAUGAGAGAGCUGCAUUUGUGCAAAUGACUAAUCCAGAAGGUGGUUAAAUCAAGUGGUAAAUCCUAUAAAUUGCUCCUAAAAAUCUUUAUUUGCUUCAAUAUUUAAACCUGUUCUAAACUUCAUGCUACACAUAUACUCAAAUUGGAUAUAUUAUUGCUUUUUCUUUGUCCUAUAACCCUAUCAAAGAUGUGAGUGAGAUAUUUCUUGUGUAAUCUUCUGUUAACAUUUCAAAAAGCAGUAUUAUUUUGUACUGAGCAGUGAUGUAUUGCAGUAUGAAGUGUUUACAGAUUGCACAUUUCUGUCUUAUCUAAUUAAAUUAGUUUUUCUUUUAA